CUCCCAAAGCCCCUGUCUGUCAGUUCCAGCCACAAGGCUAACAGUCGAUCCCCCUCCCCGGGCUCUCUCGCUCUCGUCCGAUGCCCUAGCUCGGCCCGGCCGCCGCUUCCAGAGAGCUCCCACCCCUCGCCCCCCGGCGUCCGCACACCGUCACGCCGCUGUCCCACAGCUCGCCGCGCCUUUAACACAUCCCUACCGCCGGCCAGCUGCACAAGGAGCUUGCAGAUCGAGAGCUGGGGACGAGAGACGCGACGCUGCCCACAUCAACUUAUUACUCGUCAUCCCAACCGCGUUUCCUCUGAAGCUCUGAAGAAUGACUCUGUAGGCAAGUGUAGAACUGUAGAAGAAGAUACAGAGGAGGUAUUGUCGCAAAUCUUGAUUUGGAAAAUAUCACAAUGGCUGGAAAUCAGCAGAUGCCUUCAGUUCAGUUGAAUGAUGCAGAAGUUAUUGACGCCAAACCCUUGCGCACACUGACACCGAUGUUUCCUGCACCGCUUGGGAUGCACACUUUCACCCCUCAAAAUUCAUCUUCAGUUAUCUGUGUCACCCCAUUUGGACCGUAUGCUGGAGGCACUGAACUGGGAAUGCCUACUGGUGUUCCACCAAUGUUUGCAUCACCGUCCGCUCCUGCAUAUCCCAACCAGACGCAGCCAUAUGUGGUUCAUAUGAAUGGAGUUGCUAAUGCUAAUGGUAUUGCAAACAGUACAACAGUCACCCCUGUGUUGCAAACUCCUCCAGCAGCCACCACACAUGAUUCUGCUAAGAAAAAGAGGGGGAGGCCCAGGCAUGUGCGAGAUACUACUGUUCCUUCAGUUCCUCCAGCUCAUUUGGUUCCUUCAGUUCCUCCAGCUCAGUUGGCUCCCCAGUUGGCUCCCCCGGUUCCUGCAGCUCAUUUGGCACCUUCGGUUCCUCCAGUUCAUCUGGCUCCUUCUAUUCCUUCAGCUCCUCCAGAAGGCAAUGAUAUUGUUCCCCAGGCACCUCCUUCAGCCAUAAGUCAGGAAUCUGGUAAGAGGAAGAGGGGACGACCCAAGCGUGCACAAGAUGUUUCUGUCCUGCCAACUCCUUCAGUGCCUGUAGCAGAUGGUACACCUCUUUCUGCGACACCUCCUGUGUUCGGUGCACAUGAAUCUGUUACAAGGAAAAGGGGGCGGCCCAAGCGUGUGCAGGAUAGUUCAGAUGCUUCAACUCCUCCAAUUCAUUCAAAAGACAGUGAGCCCUUUAUGCAGACACCUUCUGCAGCCACUUCACUGGAGGAUGGUAAGAGGAAGAGAGGGCGGCCGAAGCGUGUGCCCGGUAGUUCGUCGACUCCUUCAAGUCAUUCUGGCCUUUCAAUAGAUGUUGACGGUGGUGAGAAAAUAGCAGUACGUGGACGGCCUAGGAAAAUUGACACCAACCUGCUGCACCUGCCAUCUUUAUCUUCAGAUGAUCCGAGGGAAUCUGCAGAUAAUGUUCUUAUGAUGUUUGAUGCACUGCGGCGACGGCUCAUGCAACUGGAUGAGGUGAAGCAAGUAGCAAAGCAGCAGCAGAAUUUGAAAGCUGGGAGCAUUAUGAUGAGCGCUGAACUUCGCGUCAAUAAGGACAAGAGGAUCGGAGAGGUUCCAGGUGUUGAGGUUGGUGACAUGUUCUACUUUAGAAUCGAGAUGUGCCUGGUAGGGAUGAAUAGUCAGAGCAUGGCAGGGAUAGAUUACAUGUCCGCCAAGUUUGGUAAUGAGGAGGACCCUGUGGCCAUUAGUGUUGUGUCAUCUGGUGUAUAUGAGAAUACCGAAGAUGAUCCAGACGUUCUGGUUUACGCUGGACAUGGCAUGUCUGGUAAGGAUGACCAAAAGCUUGAGAGAGGUAAUCUUGCACUGGAGAGGAGUAUGCAUAGAGGCAAUCCCAUUAGAGUCAUUCGCAGUGUAAAAGACGUGACUUGUUCAGCUGGUAAGAUAUACAUAUAUGACGGCCUUUACAAGAUCAGAGAAGUCUGGGUAGAGAAAGGGAAAUCUGGUUUCAAUGUGUUUAAGCAUAAGUUGCUCAGGGAACCUGGCCAACCUGAUGGCAUUGCAGUGUGGAAGAAGACUGAAAAAUGGAGGGAAAAUCCAUCCUCUAGAGAUCGAGUUAUAUUGCAAGAUAUAUCAUACGGUGUGGAAAGAAAGCCUGUCUGCCUUGUAAAUGAGGUUGAUGACGAGAAAGGUCCUAGCCACUUCACCUAUACAACUAAACUUAACUACGUGGAUUCUCUGAGCUCGAUGAGAAAGAUGCAAGACUGCAAAUGUGCAAGCGUAUGCCUACCUGGUGAUAACAACUGUUCUUGUAUGCAUCGAAAUGCUGGUGACCUUCCUUACAGUGUUUCAGGCGUACUUGUCAGCCGUAUGCCUAUGUUGUAUGAGUGCAAUGAUUCAUGCACUUGUCAACAUAAUUGCCGAAACCGAGUUGUACAAAAAGGUUCCCAGAUCCACUUUGAAGUGUUUAAGACGGGAGAUCGAGGUUGGGGCCUUCGUAGUUGGGAUCCAAUUCGAGCAGGUACGUUCAUCUGUGAAUAUGCAGGUGAAAUUAUUGACAAAAAUAGUGUUGAUGCAGAAGAUGAUUACAUCUUUGAGACCCGUCCUUCAGAGCAGAACUUAAGAUGGAACUAUGCACCAGAAUUACUGGGUGAACCUAGUCUUUCUGACUUAAAUGAAUCGUCCAAGCAGCUGCCACUUAUUAUUAGUGCAAAACGAACUGGUAACAUAGCUCGCUUUAUGAACCACAGCUGCUCACCUAAUGUCUUUUGGCAACCAGUUCUAUAUGACCAUGGUGAUGAGGGAUAUCCACAUAUCGCAUUCUUUGCGAUUAAGCAUAUUCCUCCAAUGACAGAGCUUACAUAUGAUUAUGGUCAGAGCCAAGGUAAUGUUCAACAGGGAAUUAAUUCUGGGCGCCGGAGGUCUAAAAAUUGCUUAUGUUGGUCUCGCAAGUGCAGAGCUUCCUUUGGUUAAACAAUCAACCCCAUAAGUGUAGCUCUGAACCAUAGUUUGCCAGUCCCAAGGUCCUGUACUCCUGUUAAGUGUAUUUCCAAGUUCCUGUUCUCGCCUGAUCUUUAUGAACAGAAGCAGCUGUGAUCGUUGUGGCAUCUUGAAGCAGCAGGGUAUAUAUCUGUGGUGUUCCGGCUACAGUGGAAUAAAUUUACCCCUCUUUAGGGUUAGAAUGCCGAGUAGAGUAGAUCUUGUAAUAAAGGGUACCUAUCUUACUGUGUUCUUGUAGUUAUGUGCUCCUGUUUAAGACCGCCCAGCUGAAUUUUAUGUAUGAUUGCCAGAUCGUCUGAGGCUUUUGCAAACCAGUUGUGAAUUUAUCUUUAUUAUUUCUGUUAUCUCCGUA